AUGAGCGCCGGGGUGCUCCCCGUGAGGCGGCAGACAGCACCCAGCAGCACCCCAGAGGGGAUGAGCCAGACCCCAGUGGCAGCCCAGAAGACCCUGCCUGUCUCCUCCAGGCCCCGGACAUCCUUCCUUAUCCAAGAUAUCCUCUGGGAUGGAGUGCGGCCAGAGCGCGGCAAGAGCGGAGGCUUUGGCAGCCCGACGGACACGGAGGAGACCGCGGUGGGGGGCAGCGAGGACCCAGGAGCUGCCCCAGGGCAUCCCCCCGGGAGAACUCAUCCUCCAGGAGCACCCCAAGCUCGAGAGACACCCCACAAGGAGGAUGCAGAUGCCACACCGGAGUCCCAGCCGCCCGACUGCGCCGCUCCGCCGCCGCCGUCCCCUCCCGGCCCCCAGCGUCCCCCCAAGCAGCCCAAGCGCUCCCGAGCCGCCUUCUCCCACAGCCAGGUGAUCGAACUGGAGAGGAAAUUCAGCCGCCAGAAAUACCUCUCGGCCCCCGAGCGAGCCCACCUGGCCAAGAACCUGCAGCUCACCGAGACCCAGGUGAAAAUCUGGUUCCAAAACAGGAGGUACAAGACCAAAAGGAAACAGGUGGCCUCCGACAUCAGCAGACUGGACCCGGGGCUGGCCGGGCAGAAGGCAGCGGAGCUGCCAGGAGCAUCCCUGCUGGCGCUGCGGGGGGGUUGGCAGUACCUGCCCUGCCUCUACUACUUGAACGGCUGGAGCGCCUCGUGGUGGUGA